GCCCCGCAACGUGCACCACCGUGUGCUUCGGGUUUAAGGUGAUCGGACAUUAUAGAUCCGAUUGCUGGCGCUUUUGGAUCGAUCCCGCAACACGGAGGCGGAUGGAAGAUGAUAGUUACGCCUGUCCUCCGGAAUUCAACCAUCACGGCCAAUCAGCAUCACCGUCGAGGGAGCCAUGUCUACCAUUUGCUAACAAAACAGCAGCACAAAGUCAACUCGAGGAGCUUGGCCGGACGGUGGCAGCCAUGCAGGAAUUCAUAGAGAUGGAACAGGUGCGACGCCAGGAGAGGGAGCAGCGCCAAUGUGAAGAGGCACGGUGUGUGCAGGAAGAAGCACGGAAAGCCGAGGAGGAACACGCCGCGAGGAAGGCCGAGAAGCAGUGGAAGCACAAGGAGGAGCAGAUGGGAAUGGCAAAAGCGGUGGAGGUGCAGGUGGCUGUUAGGUCACCUAUCCUUACGACUAGGGGAUAUUCGGGAGGAGAUGCGUACCGAAGGUUUAAGAAUCUUAUGCCUGCGAAGAGUGUUGUCACAAGAGAAGCUCAACGACUUGUGGUUGAUGCAGCUGAGCUUGUUCCUGGAGACCUUGUUCUAUUAUGUGAUGGAGAUCGUGUGCCUGCUGACAUCCGACUGGUCACAGCUGUUGAUCUCAAAGAGAACACAGAAAGGGAAUGGGUGGAAGCAGUGAAGAGGUACCAGGGGGAGGAAAGUGGAAGAGAGGAGAACCAAGUGCAAAAAAACUACGUGCGGAGGAGGCGGAAGGGACAGGGAUCUUCCGUACAGGGGAAGGAGAAGGAGGCAAAAGGGACUGAUGAAUCUAUGGGGGAAGGAGGAGCAGAGCCAGAAACAGGGGAAAACGAAGAGCUGCCAAGCCCGGUGGUUGGGGACAAGAGGAAGCACACCGAAGGGCAAACAGACAGGGAAUCGGUAGAGGAAGAACAGGAGCAGGACAGAGAGGAGGGCUACCCUUGGGAAGGACUGCAGGAGAGAGAACUGCGGGAUUACAUUAACUUUUUUGAAAAAGAAAGGGAUGACAACUACGAGCUGCAGCUAAUUCUGCAUAGAGAAGAGAAGAGGAACAAAACAAAGGCAGAAAUAGCCAACCCAACUAUGCACAUCCCGCUGACCGAAAACCCAUUUGCGCCGUUGGAAAAGGAAGAGGACUUGGCAACUUAUUUUGCAGAAAAAUACUGCGCUUCCAAAGAAGACCAGGAAAUGGAGGUGGGAGAGGGAGAUGAGGAGGGAGAGGAAAAGAAGAACAAAAAGCUCAAGGGGAGGAGGCUGCAGAAGUAUAAGCCAACCCCUAUCCUCGAAGAACAGGGAAAGGGGAAGGAUCAGGAGGGGGCAGACAAGUUUCUGUCAUCUAUCGCUCACCUUGGCAUUCAGUUACGGGCCCUAGAAGCGCAGAAUGCACACCUGGUCGACCUAAACAGGGAAAUGUCCUUGCGCACAGUGACGGUCCGGGAUAUCCAGUGCAGUGAUCAGGACAAGCUUUGGGAAAGGGCCAGGAUGGAAGCAAGUACCCUUCUGCAUUCUCGUGCAGUAAUUCCCAUCCGGAGAGACCCUCUAGCCAAACAGUGGAAGGUGGCAGUUCACGAAGAUCUGUCUAUCCCUAGAUGGCAGCGGGGGCAGAAAAGGGAGGAUCUGCUGAAAAAGAUCAGCAAGGGGGGAGAAGCUGUGUUCAUGGGCCUAGCAGGAGAGCAGCCAAAGGAAGGGGGGGGAGUCCUAGGGGAGGCACAGGUAAGGGAGGAGGGGAAGGAACAAACACAGUUCGACGCACGGCCACUACUGAUCUGUCUGGACCACAAAGCGGAACUGCAAAAUGGAUUAAGGUGGAAGCCUUGGUGGUGGCUGACAGAGGUAACCGUUACGGCUCUGGGAAGUGACGCUAUGAUGACUCAAAAUGCGGUAGCCUUAGCAACACUUCUGGACUCGCAGGUGAUGGCACAGGAGGCGGAGGAGCUUCCAACGUUGCUGUCACCAUUCGAGGGAGAGCCGAAAAUCAGCUCCAGCUCCUAGAGAGUAAAUCGCAGGCAGUACCAGAAAAACUAAGAAACGAUAAAUCAUGGUAACUUCC